UUGGCUACUUGGCAAUAUUUUCAGGUUGCACGUGAGCUUGGCAUUUUCCAGCUAUCGUCAGAUCCGGUUCCUCGUCCAGGCAGUGCACAGAUCAAGCUUGACGUGAACGCUGAGCCUCCUUGGGAUCCAGACCCAUUUGCCACCAUAGUUGGACCUCAAAAGUAUUUUAUUCGUUUUCCUGUCAUGGUACCAGUGGUCUCAUUGGAUUCUCAAGAUGCCAGUGUACACCAAAAAGCACCACAUUUGGCUAGGGUGGAGCGGUUGGACGCUUACGAUGAUGGUUGUUUGAAUGCCGUGCAAGAGCUAAUUACAACCAAAGCUCUGCAGGAUGACAAACAGCCGUUUUUCGUUAUGGAUAUGGAGCGUGUGAAUGGCAUCGUGAAAGAGUGGUCUCUGAAAAUGCCGAACGUCCAACCGUUUUAUUCGAUGCGCUGCAAUAGCGAUCAAGUUCUGCUGCAGCUUCUCACAAAGAAUACCAAUGUUGGCUUGUGCUGCAGCAGUCGUUUCGAACUUGCACUGGCAAUGAAACAUGUCGGUCAGGAACGCAUUCUUUAUUCCAAUCCACUGUGGACUCGUGCCAAUAUUCGUCACGCUAAGCAGUGCGGCGUAAAGUGGGUUGUUAUCGAAUCGGAAGAUGAUUUGAAGCGUUUUACGACGUAUUUUCUGGAAGCAAACAUCAUUUUACGUGUUGUGAUGGAUCCGCGGUUGACCGAAAAGGGCCUUAUUUCCAUGGAUAGCUUGAAUGUUGAAAAAGCUGCUGAGCUGCUUCGUUUGGCAAAAAAUUUGCCUCUUUCGGUUCGAGCAGAUGCGCCAUCGCCAGCAAUCUUUUCGUAUGCGGUUGCACAGUGCCGGCGAUUAUUUGACAUUGCUGUGGAGAUGGGCCAUGAAAUGAGUGUGCUGGAUGUGGGCGAUGGGUUCCCAAGUGUGACCAAUGCUUAUGGUCUAUCGUUCGAGCAGGUUGCUAGGGCUCUCAGUGCUGCUGUUUCGCUGUUCUUUCCGCAAGAACGAUUUCCUCAUUUGCGUGUUAUUGCGGAACCGGGCGCAUAUUUCGCUUCAUCGCCUUAUCUCUUGGUUACUCGUGUCGUCGACAAACGCCUGAUUGAUGCUAGUUUGCUCACUAGUGAUGAGACAGAUGCUGGCACUGUUGGAUACGUUUACCAGAUCAAUGAAGGAUUUUACGGCGCAUUCGGCUGUCGAUUAAUCACUGGUCGUAAUCCCAGAUGUUCGCCGCUGAUCGCUUUUGGGGAAAAAUUGAACACAUAUGCAGCAGUGUAUGGGCCUACGACAUGCGACACUGACGUUGUUCUCCCUCUGACGAGACUUCCGCCACUUCAGGUUGGUGAUUGGCUUGUUUGGUACGAUAUGGGAGCGUACACAAUGGGUAAUUGUGAGACGUUAAAGGAAGGCGAACUUCGUUCAGCUGCGAUUCAUUACUUCGAGAAUACUGGUUCAAGGUGA